CAGGAAGUAGAUCCGUUAUAGUGACAGGAACAACAUCACGGGACUCUCAUUGCACUGAGCAGAUUAAUAAAAUAUUACCUGUAACUGAUCUGUACACACCUGUAAUAUAAGACAAUAUGUCUAGGCAGUCAAACAGAGCCACGGACAGCAAGAAGAUGAAUUCAGAAUUGUUUACUCUCACUUAUGGAGCCCUGGUCACUCAGUUGUGUAAGGACUAUGAAAAUGAUGAAGAAGUCAACAAACAACUGGAUAAAAUGGGAUACAAUAUCGGAGUGCGUCUGAUUGAGGACUUCUUGGCUCGGUCCAGUGUGGGGAGGUGUCACGAUUUCCGAGAAACGGCCGAUGUCAUUGCAAAGGUAGCCUUCAAGAUGUACUUGGGUAUCACCCCCAGCGUGACCAACUGGAGUCCUGCUGGAGAUGAGUUCUCUCUUAUCCUCGAAAGCAACCCCCUGGUGGACUUCGUAGAGCUUCCUGACAAUCACAGUAAUCUAGUUUACUCCAGCCUGCUCUGUGGAGUGCUGAGAGGAGCUCUUGAAAUGGUUCAAAUGGCGGUGGAUGUGCGAUUCGCUCAGGACACGCUAAGAGGUGACAACGUGACAGAAAUUCGCAUGAAGUUCAUCAAAAGGAUCGAGGAGAACCUGCCAGCUGGAGAUGAAUGAGACUAAGAGACUUUUGAUUCAAGAGACUUUUUUGUUGAAUUGGGAACC